AUGGGUUCACUAACUCUGCCCAAGCUUCUUGUUGUAGACUUCACCAAAGAAAACUUGAAGCCUGGUUCAAAUUCUUGGUCCUCUGCAUGCACUAAUAUCAGGACUGCCCUAGAAGAUCAUGGCUGCUUCAUAGCACUGUAUGACAAAGUUUCUGCUGAGCUUCACAAAGCAAUUUUUCAUGCAGCAGAUGAGUUGUUUGACCUCCCCACAGAGAUCAAGGUCCAAAACAUCAAUGAAAAGCCUUACCAUGGCUAUGUUGGGCAGAUGUCCUAUGUUCCUCUUCAUGAAGGCUUGGGAAUUGAUUAUUCGACGACACUUGAAGGUGUAGCAAGUUUUACAAAGCUGAUGUGGCCUAGUGGAAAUGAUUCUUUCUGUGAAAGUUCACAUUCAUUUGCGAAGACAAUAGCAGAACUAGAUAAAAUUGUGAUAAGAAUGUUAUUUGAGAGCUAUAGUGCGGAGAAAUACAGUGACUCUCACAUUGAAUCAAGCACCUAUCUUCUUCGAUUUCUGAAAUAUAGAGCGCCUGAGAUUACGGAGACUACUAUGGCUUUUCCCUCCCAUACAGACAAGAGCUUCUUGACCAUACUCUAUCAGAAUCAAGUUUCUGGUUUGGAAGUAAGAACAAGGGGGGGCGAGUGGAUUAAUGUUGAGUUCCCUCCUUCAUCAUUUGUUGUCAUGGCUGGCGAUGCUUGCAAGGCAUGGAGUAACGAUAGGGUACUUUCUCCUAACCAUCGAGUCACAAUGGACAUGAACGGGAGAGAAACACGAUACACUAUCGCUCUGUUCUCGUUUCUCAGGAACAUGGUGCAAGUACCAGAAGAGCUCAUUGAUGAGGACCACCCCAUGCAGUUUAAGCCAUUUGUCCAUGUUGAUUUACUCAAGUUCUACGAUACCGGUCACGGCCGGAGAUCGCAAAACAUUCUCAAGGACUUCUGUGGUGUUUGA